GACGAUACAACCUUACUUCCUCUACGACUGAUCUGGACCGUGAGAUCCAAACAUACCAGGCAGUUCUACAGAUCACACCGGAUGAUGCCUUAGUGCACGAGACUUUGGCCAUAGGCCUGCGCAAAAGAGAUGCUUUCAUGAGAAGCACCACGGAUCUCGAUAGCUCAAUCAAAUUGCUUGAGCAAUUGAUCUUACUAGCGCCUGACUAUGUAGAGGCGUUGUCGGAGCUCGGUGCAACGUUGGGGCUGAGAUAUUUGUUAAGCACUGAGAAUCAGGAUAUAGAAAGGGCUGUAGCUUGCGGAAGGCGGGCAUUGGAGAAGACCCACAGCUCUGAUGACAUAACGAUGCCUCACGCUCUGUACAGUCUUUCUAGCUCUAUCGGUUCAGAUUCGAAAGCAGUGGCACUUCAGAUGACCUAGAAGAGGCUGUUCGACUCGCAAGAGAUUCGUUCCAAGCAGAUAUUCAAGACUCCCACAGGGCUUGCCGGCUACAUAAUUAUCCAAUACGACUGUUGGAUUGGCUUGACCACUGGGGCAAUAUUGAAGAUCUCAA